GACUUCUUCCUUCGCCCAUUUAAGUGGCGUACUUAUGCGUCACCUAUGAUGUUAUCUUUUAUUCUUUAUUUAAUCUAAGUUAUUUAAUUCAAUUACAUUUCUACAAUCAAUACUGUUUCCAUUUAAUAGGCUGUUAAGUUUUGAUUUAUUAGGCUGUACUACCUUAUAUGUUUGAUCGAAGUUAGAUUUAAAAAAAAAACUGGCAUUGACAAAUGAUAGAGAUUGUUGACAUUAAGGGAUUUGUUAUUUCAGUUAUUUGUAUUUUAUCAAUCAAUGGAAUAAUUAUUUUCUUAUCCAACUUUCUGCAAUCAGCCAAAAGUCAAGCGGUUUCCAGGUGUUGCAAAAACUUCCGUCAUGGCUUCCAGCGAGGUGACGAAGCUACAACAACAUUUGACGUUGCUAAAGGAAGAGUAUGGGAAACUGCAGAGUCAUUGUGCUGAGGUAGAGCGAAAGUACACUCUGGCAGCGGCAUCCGCCGGCGACCUCAGUGAAACUAGCUUUGUGGCUCGACUUCUAAUGACCGUAGCUACACUAUAUGGUAGAGAAACUUACUCUGACAUCAAGAUCAAACUGCAAAACAAAUCCAUGCCGGGACAUAAAUUUGUUCUGAAUGCUCGUUCUGAUGACUGGAAUGAAGAAGCUCUAAAAGACUUUGAUGAAUUAGACUGGACGUCUCUACCAGAUGAUGUAGGGUCAGCCCUAUUGAAAUGGCUGUACACAGAUGUUGUUGAUUUAAGUAGAGGAGACUCUUUUGCUUUACAACUGAUGAAAUCUGCAGCAGGUUUCAAAUUGUAUGGCCUGGUGAACAAGUGUGAACAAGCUCUCAUUGCAUCAGUUGGUGUAAGGAGCUGUGUUAAGUUCUAUUCAGCAGCAGAUGAGAUUGGCGCCAACGCACUGAAAGAACACUGUUCAGGACUUAUUUCUGCACAUUGGGAUGAUCUAACAGGCGAUGAUUUCGCGCAUAUGUCAUCAGCGCUUCUCUAUCGGAUGCUGAAGAGCAAAACCCCGCAACCCCUCCACGGAGCCGUCAGAUUGAUGCGUGAGGACGUCGUCUUUCUGUGUCUGGUCGAGAAUCACGCAAACUUAACCGAUAUAGUGAACGCUAUGUCUUCAAGAGGAGAAUUACCAUUAGAAUUAGCGUUGCGAGGCCGAAGCGCUUCCAUAGCGACAACUCUUCUACAGCAUUGUGCGGACCCCGACUCCAGAGGUCCGCGUGGGAGGACCUUGCUACACAGGGCGAUAGAUUCACGAGACGCCUUCUCCGCCAAGUUCCUAGUUGACAACGGCGCCGACCCCAAUUUGACAACCAAAGAAGAAGGUGACACGGCAUUACAUCUGAUCGCUUCUCUAACCACGAGUUCGUGUGACGAAGAAACCAUGGAACAAAUGACGGAAAUAGCUGAAACAAUGAUACAGAAAAACGCGGACAUAAACAAACAAAAUAGAAAAGGAUUCACACCCCUGCACCAGGCGGUCAUAGCGAGGAACCAGAGGAUAUUCGACAUGUUACUGAAACAAGCUUCGCUGGACACAAGCUUACGUACUAUAACGGACGAACAACCAACGCUGUACUACGCGCUGGUCGACGACAGACGAGCGUCUAUAUCGUCUAGUGAGACUUUAGUUAUGAACGGCUCCAAUCCUUUCGACGCUCCGGUAACCAAUAAGGACGCCUUUAGCGAAGAUCCCGUGGAAGGGAAGAACGAGGGCGUUGUAGAAAGAUCUUUCGCCGCCAAGUUAUUGGAGAAGGGAUGCAUACCGAAUCCUUUGUACUCUGGCUGUGGGGACAGUCUUCUGCAUAUAUUAGCCCAGGGGUGGUUUGAGGAUUCGGCUGUGUUCUUGACUUCCCAUCUACACGGUGAACUGAACCACACGAACGAGGCCGGGCUCACAGCGCUGCACGCGGCCUGCGCGAACGGACUGGCGAGGCUUGCCACCGCGCUGCUCGAGCACGGAGCCCGGCCAAACCUGCAAACCACUUACGGGGAACAAGAGGACACCGUUUAUAGGCAAACGCCCCUGCACCUUGCCGUGCUAAAUAACCACGAGGGCGUAGUUCUAGCUAUCAUAGAACAUAAAAAACUAAUCGAGAAGGGGGACUAUCCUUCUGCAGACCGCAGCAACGUCAGCUUGGUUCCUAAUCUCAACUUGAAGAACUCUGAGGGGGACACGCCUCUCAGUCUUGCCCUAUCUGAAGCUGGGAGAAUGUGCAUUAGAAUCACAAACGUUCUGAAAUAUUUUGUUGCCAACCCAGGUCACAAGAACCUAGUGGCACCGUUGGUCGAAGGAGGCGCCGACAUAAACGUUCGGAACGGUAAAGGCUUCACGCUGCUGCACCAGGCCAUCGUCGAGGAGGACUCCCGGACCGCCAUCUAUUUGUUAGACCACGGCGCAGACAUGGACGCGCUGACGGAGGCUGGCGAAACUCCGUUACAACUAGCCAUACACUGUCGUCUAGGCCUGGUCGUGGAAGCGUUGUGCGUCAGAGGGGUGGACAUGAGUCGCCUCGACGCUAACGGAGUACCUCCACUGUGGGCAGCACUCGACUCCGGACAGGAGGAAGUCGCAAGCAUUUUGGUCAGAAACGGUGCUGAUGCAGACUGCUGGGGUCCCGGACCGGACGGAUGUUUGCAAACGCUUUUACAUAAAGCCAUAGAUGAAAACAAAGAAGUACUGGCGACGUUCCUGAUCCGGUCCGGGUGCGACGUGGAGUCGCCGCGGCGCGCCGGGCCGGCGGGCGAGGGCGCUGACCUCGCCGCCGACAAGCAGACGCCACUACACCUCUGCUGCACCUGGGGACUCACCGAAGUCAUACAGACGCUACUCGAGCACGGAGCCAACAUCAACGCAAAGGACUCUGAAGGUAAAACUCCGCUUCACAUCGCAAUUGAGAACCAACACGCGGCCAUCAUCUCUCUCCUUCUAACUCAGCCGAACAUUGAUCUGUCGGCGAGAGACAACAAAGGCGUUUCACCUUUCGCGGCUGCGCUCAUCGCGAGGAACAAUAAAGCCGCUCAAGCUAUACUCGAGAAGAAUCCAUCUGCCGCUGAGCAGGUCGACAAGAAAGGUCGCAACUUCUUGCACGUUGCCAUUCAAACGUGCGACAUGGAAAGCGUGAUGUUCCUGCUCUCCGUGGAGGUGGACGUGAACUCGCGCGUGCAGGACGCCACGCUGGCGCCGCCGCUGCACCUCGCCGCCAGCGCGGGGAACGAGGUCCUGCUCAGGAGCCUGCUGUUAGCUGGCGCCCGGCCCAACGACAGGGACGCGCAUAAACGCACGGCGCUGCACGUGGCGGCGGCGGCGGGACACGCCAGCAUCGUGUCGGCCCUCGUGAGCGGCGGCGCGGAGUACGGCGCGGUGGACGCGGCCGGAGACAACGCGCUGCACGUGGCCGCGCGCGAGGGACACGUGGCGGCCGCGCGGGCGCUGCUCGCCGAAUGCGACAUCGACGCCGCCGCCACCAACCUCAAAGGAAGGAAUCCAUUACACGAACUUUGCUGGUGCAAAAAGGAUAACGCGGCAACGAUAUGCGAGAUAUUCUUAGAGUUCAUGCCUGACUAUCCUAUCAAUAGAACCGAUUUACAGGGCAAUUCACCUCUACUCCUCGCUUAUAUGAACGGUCAAGGUGCGAUGUGCCGCGUCCUCGUCAAGGCCGGCGCUUGUCUCGCCCAGGAGAACAAGGAGGGGAUAUCCAUAUUCAACUAUCAGGUAGCAACAAAGCAGCUGCUGCACCGGCUACUGGACUCGCUCCCCAACGAGGCGCCGUGGGCCGACAGCGAGCUGUGCCAGGAGUGCGGGACCAAGUUCACUAUAACUAUGAGGAAACAUCACUGUCGACAUUGCGGCAGGCAACUCUGCAGGAAAUGUUCGAAUCAAGACAUUCCAAUAGUAAAGUUCGGAAUGAACAAUCCGCAGCGAGUCUGCGAGAUCUGCUUCAACGUUCUGCAGGUCGGGGCCAGUUAGGGGGCGCGGCCGGACCACACGAUGUGAUAUUUGCUUUUGAUACGAUUUUUGUGAUAACACGUUGAAGAAUUCGUUUUUAACGUUAGCCGUAUACGUCUCUUCCAAUUCUCUGAGGUCCCGAUUUUUUUGGUCUCCGUCAAUUAUUAGGUAGGUUUUAUAAGUUUUGUUCGUCCUUACAGUAAGUAUUUUAUGUUAAACGUAAUAAUAUAUAAAGGUCAUUAUUAUAUGAAGAGAGUAUAUGGCUAAGUUGUGAAAACUAUAUUUAUCAACAUUUCCAAGGUAAAUAGUAACUAAACUACUAUUUGCUUAAAUUUUGUUAUUUUAGCUUUUGAAUAGAUUUUUAAAUGUUAUGAACGUAAAAUAAACGAGGCUGAUAGUAAACUGCAGACCAAACAACCUUUGAAAAAUAUUAUUAAUUAAAUGUCAACGAUUAUAAUAAUUUGCGGAAUUUUAUUUUAAGAAAUCACACCCAUGUAUGUAUGUGUUUAUAAUUUUAGUAUUCCUAAUACUGAUAGUUAUAGUCUAUUGACUAGUUUUACUUGAUUUGAAGUCACAAUUUUAAACUUUGAAAUUAAUUUAAAAAUUAUACUCGUAACUAAACGUCCAUUAGAUUUACGGCUGAGUGUAACGUAGUGCCUCGAAUUAUUUCAUUAUAAAAAUACACCAGUCUGAAAUCGCUUCAUAUUGAAACUUCCGUAUAAAAAGACAUUACUAUAAUAUUUUUGUUUUUACUUUUACUUGUUACUUUUCUUAAUAUUACGAUGGAUACUUUUUAGUUCUUGGAGUAAAUUCAGUCGAUCAUAGAAUUUAAUUCAAAUUCUCAAAGAUUUUAAAUGUAAAACAAAAAAAAAAACUAGUUGGCUAUGAGAGCUUCUGACUUAGGUUCUUAUGUUCGAUAGAAGGUAAAGUGCAAUUUCUUUUCAGAUCUACUGUGUUUUGUGAUAUUCCAAAGCUUUUAAAUUCUAUGAAGCUCUUUAUAAUAUAUUUUUCUUUGAAAAUUUUAUAUAAUAUUGCUAAUAUAAAACAUUGUAAUCACA